AUGGAUACUUCAUCAGCUAAUCUAGCAGUCUUGCAAUCACUUCCUGACCCAAAUCUCCAGCUUUACGACCAACACCUUACCGCUACGUGGCUUGGGUCCUUCUCCGAAUUGCCUGCUGAGGUAAGGAUCCGUAUCUGGGAGCUUUCUUUCAGCCGCCGUCAAGUCCAUAUGAUUCCAAAGUCACCCCGCCGAUCCGACCACAUCAGACGAAAACAGCCAUCGAUUGAGACCCUAAGAUGUGCCCGUCAACAACCCGCAGCUUUUUGCGUCAACGCCGAGAGCCGCGCAGUAGCUCUCGAGAACCAUGUCAAAAUUGCUGAUGACGCCAAUGCCCCAAACAGCGGCGCCACAUAUGUCCAUAAAGAGCUCGACCGCUUGGUAAUUUACAUGGGAACAACGUCUUCAAUGUUAACGGAUGAAUACAAUCUUGCUAGCCCCGGCCCUGCACUUCGAGAUCUGCUCCCCAAGUUCAAGAGAGUCGAGCUGGUUUUUGAAAGUUGA